AUGUCGAUUAUUUGUUACGCAAAUCAUCGUUAUCAACGACAACAUUUACAAAUUUAUUGGAAUUCAUCGAAUACACUUUUUCAAUCAUCAGGAUAUUUAACUGUUUAUCUUGGUGAUUUAAUUGAUUUUCUUUGUCCUUAUUAUGAUAAUGAAUAUACAAAUUUAAAUAUUGAAUAUAAUACAAUUUAUCUUGUUAAUGAAAAUGAUUAUUAUCAUUGUAAUACAACAAAUUAUAAUCCAUUAAUAAAAUGUAAUAAACCAUUUGAUCUACAACCAUUAGUUUAUACAUUAUCAAUAUCAAAAUAUCUACCCUAUCCAAAUAUACCUGAAUUUGCUGAUGGACAAUAUUAUUAUUUUAUAUCAACAUCAAUGGGUCAAUUAGAAAAUAUUGAUCAACAUCAUAAUGGUUUAUGUUAUACAAAAAAUAUGAAAUUAAUUCUUAAUGUUCAAAAAUAUACUCGACAUUAUCAUGAACAACAACGAAAAAAAACAUCGAAACUUAUAAUAGCUAAACGAACAAAUUUAACUUUUGUUGAUCCUGAUAAACGUACACUCUCAUUUUCAUCAUUGUCUUCAAUUACUAGUCAAAAUUUUUAUUAUACUUUCACAUUGCUUGUAUUUUGUUUAUUGACUAAAUCAAGAAGUUAA